AUGUAUUCUGGACAAUUGUGCCAGAGUGUCCAGCUCGAUCCCCAAAAAGCACAAGAUGAUUUUGAAAUUUACCAGCAAACAGCAACUGAGGGCAAUCAGACAAACAAUACAAAAUUCAUCCUCCUGGGAUUUGGAAAUUGUCUUGAACUACGAAUUCUACUCUUUAUAGUGUUUUUAGUCAUCUAUAUGUUGGCUCUUAUGGGAAACCUCCUAAUUGUUGUACUAGUUACAGUAGACCGGCUCCUUCACACCCCCAUGUAUUUCUUUCUGUUGACCUUGGCCUGCUUGGAGACUGGCUACAUUUCCACCAUUUUACCCAGGAUGCUGAUGAGUUUCCUAACAGGUGACAGAUCCAUAUUUGUUGGGGGCUGUAUCACACAGUGGUUUUUCUUUGGAUUCUUUGCAGCCACUGAAUGUUACCUUCUAGCCACAAUGUCUUAUGAUCGUUAUCUGGCAAUCUGCAAACCUUUACACUACACGUCUCUCAUGAAUGGGAAGUUCUGCUUGCAAUUAACUUCUACAUCCUGGAUUAGUGGCUUACUGACCAACACCAUUGUGACCUCUCUUACAGUACAAUUAACAUUUUGUGGACCCAAUGAAAUUGACCAUUUCUUUUGUGACAUAUAUCCUAUCUCAAACCUCUCCUGUAGCAAUCCUUAUAUCGUGAAGCUUGCAACCUUAAUCCUUGGCCUCAUAGGAACUGUCCCUCCUUUUGUGUUAACAUUGACUUCCUAUAUCUGCAUUAUCCUCACUAUUUUGAGAAUUCAAUCCAAAAAAGUACGACAGAAGACAUUUUCCACCUGCUCUUCUCACCUCAUUGUUGUGACUCUGUUCUAUGGGUCAAUAUUCCUGGUCUAUACUGUUCCAGCAACACUGACCCUGAAGGAGGUACACAAAACCUUCUCUCUGUUCUACACAGUCCUGACUCCCACACUGAACCCCCUCAUAUACAGCUUGAGAAACCGAGAAGUAAAGGAAGCUCUUUAUAGAUGCAUCAGGAAAUUUAGCAACAGGGUUUCAUAG